AUGCAGCGUAAAUUAAGUUUGCCUUAUGAAAGGUUGACAAUGUUUCGCCAACGGGCUCUCACGGACAUUGUUGAACACUCUGACGAGGAAGGAAAAGAUUCUGCCGGCGAAGAAGACACGCAGAAAACUGUUAAUGGAGGUGACGUUAACAAAGGCGAACAGAAAACACAAGCAAACUUUCCGUUGAUGCACCAAGUGGUAAUGGAGGGAAACUCAGAACUGCUAAAAGAACUAAUUAAAAAUGGCGCAGAUAUAAAUGUUUUGGACGAGAAUGGCUGGCCUCCUAUGCACACAGCGAUUCGAUCUGGCCAUACUGAAUGUGCAGCCAUUCUUAUCAAGGAAGGAGCUGGCGAGUUUUAUUACAAUAAACAGAAACAGGACUAUCUUAGAAGACUAGAACGUUGUCAAAAGGGGCGCAAGAUUUCAUACUGGAGGUGA